CUGGGCAGUUUUGAUGAAUUAAUACUACGGGAAAACAGAAAAUAGUGGAAGGGAGUAGGGGUACAGAGAGAGGAGCCCAGUACCUCCACCGAACCUGUGUUGAUGUGUAGACAGUGCAGCAGCAGCUGACCAGAUAAACAAACCAGCCGCUGCCGCUCUGUGCCUGGAGAGGAAGGAUUCGCAGCAGGAGGGAUGGGAGGCGUGAGGCGUGUAGUGGUAACGGGGCUGGGCCUAGUGACGCCUCUGGGUGUAGGGGCGCCACACACCUGGCUGCGUCUCACUGCUGGGAGGGUGGCCACUUCGGCACUCACUGAUGAAGGCUACGCACAGGUGCCGUGUCGGGUUGGUGCCAGAGUGCCGCGGGGCGAAGGCGAGGGAGAGCUGCACCUUCCCGCCCACUUCACGCCCAGCCAACUGCGCACAAUGACCCCGGCCACGUCCUUCGCUCUGGUGGCCGCUCGCGAGGCCUUGGGGGAUGCUGGGUGGCGUCCAGAGAGUGAGGAUGAGCGGGCGAGGGCAGGUGUAGCGCUGGGCAUGGGCAUGGUGGACCUGGAGGACGUGCUGGUCACGGGAGCGGCGCUGCAGAACCGGUACAGCCGCGUCAGUCCUUACUUCGUGCCGCGCAUCCUGACCAACAUGGCGGCGGGCCAGAUCAGCAUGGAGCAUGGCCUGGAGGGACCCAACCACAGCGUGUCCACCGCCUGUGCCACUGGUGCCCAUGCUGUGGGGGACGCCUUCCGUUUCAUUAAGCACGACCACGCCGACGUGAUGGUGUGCGGCGGCACUGAGGCGUGCAUCAACCCUCUGGCCCUGGCUGGAUUCUGUCGCCUGCGUGCCCUGGCCACCAGCUUCAACCAGACGCCGGAGAAGGCUUCACGUCCCUUUGAUACCAAGCGGGAAGGCUUUGUCAUGGGCGAGGGCGCGGGGGUGAUGGUGCUGGAGGAACUCUCCCACGCCCGGGCCCGCGGCGCCACGGUGUACGGGGAGGUGCUGGGCUACGGGGCCACCGGAGAUGCCUACCACUACACCGCUCCCAGGGAGGAUGGGCGGGGCGCCGUGCGAGCCAUGACUGCGGCACUGAAGGAGGCGGGCGUAGCUCCAACAGAAGUGGGCUACAUCAACGCCCACGCCACUUCCACGCCCCUAGGGGACGCCGUCGAGGCUCAGGCGAUCAGGGAGGUGUUCCAGGGGCACGCGGCGAGCCUUGGCGUGUCCUCCGUGAAAGGAGCGCUGGGUCACCUUCUGGGAGCUGCCGGGGCAGUGGAGGCGGUACUGACGGUCAUCGCCUGCCAUGCUGGCUUCCUGCCGCCCACUGCAAACCUGGAGGAACCUGAGCCGGCCCUUGGCCUGGAUCUGGUGGUGGAUGAGGGGCGCCCCUGGCUGCAGGAUUCGCCCAAGAGAGUUGCCCUCACCAACUCGUUCGGGUUCGGCGGCACCAACGCCUCCCUGUGCCUGGCUGCCUGUGACUGAGGUCCGUAUGGAGCAUCACGGAGAGGCUUGGUGCCAGUUCCCAGCUGCACCAGGCUGUGUGAGGUGGGGGGAUGGUGGGGGUGGGGUUUGUGCAGAAUGGUUUCAUUGGACCUGUGAUGGGCAUUGUGUAUCUGUAUAUUUUGUACAUAGGGCGUGAACAUUUAAGCAUUGUGGUAUUACUAUACAUAGAGGCAGCCUAGUGGGAUAGGAAGGUGUUUGUUAAUUAUUAUUAUGUACAACAUCAUUGGACUUACACACACACACACACACACACACACACACACGAAUAAACCACAAGCAAGCAGGCUAUACCAGGUUUUGUUACCACCAACUCCAUUUCUCUCUCAACACGCCUUAACUCUUGCUGCAAGACUACACGCUCGUAAAGUAAAUCAAUAAAGAAAUCAAACAACAAA